AUGAAUGACAGCGAAAAUAAAACAUUGGUGGCAAGUGCUGAUUCCGUUCCAGCUUUAGGUACUAAUGAACAAAGCCUAAAUCAUUUCCAAGCCAACGAUAAUCGAGAUCGAAUUCGAUUUUUUAAACCUCGAAUUGGAUCACGAAGAAUUCGCAAUCGGCUCGUGCAAAAAUAUGGUUUAUGCAAUAUUUCUCUGGUUAACGUACCUAAACAAAGGAGGAAAUAUUUCAGUGACAUCUUCACAACAGUAAUCGAAGUGAAGUGGCGUUGGUCAUUACUAUUUUUUGCGAUGUCGUUUAUGAUCUCAUGGACUUCGUUCUUUUUUAUUUAUUAUUUAAUUAUUAUAUCACACGGCGACUUUGAGCAUCUAGAAGACUCGGAUUGGAAUCCCUGUGUCGUUAAUGCUAACAGUUUAACGAAUAUUUUUCUUUUUUCAUUCACAACUCAAACUACUAUUGGUUAUGGAUUCAGGUAUCCAACAGCAGAAUGUCCUAUAUUAAUCAUGACGAUGUGCCUUCAGUUUAUGAUUGGUGUUAUGUGCCAAACGCUUAUGGCUGGUGUUAUAUUCGCAAAACUUGCCAGGCCUAUUAAACGUGCAGCAACUAUAUUAUUUAGUAAGAAUGCUGUGAUAUGUAUGCGAGAUGGAAAGCUGUGCUUGUUGUUUCGAGUUGGCGAUAUGCGUAAAAGUUCGCUAGCUGAAGCUCAUGUUCGUCUUCAGAUGAUCAAAAAAUGUAUCACAUAUGAGGGCGAACUGUUGCCAUUUCAUCAAUUUGAUAUGGAUGUGGGAUAUGCAGAUGGCCUUGAUCGAGUUUUCGUUAUUUGGCCAAUAACGAUAUGUCAUGAAAUUGAUGAAAAUAGCCCAUUAUACGACAUAAACAAAGAGAGUCUUCGGACAGCUCGAUUCGAAAUAAUAGCAAUCCUAGAAGGAGUUGUUGAGUCUGUUGGAUCAACAACACAAGCUAGAACUAGCUACUUGCCCAAUGAAAUUCUUUGGGGUAAAAGGUUUGAAAAGCUCGUGACUUAUCAACGAGAAAACGGUGAAUAUGAAAUCGACUUUGGCAAAUUCCACAAUGUUUAUGACGUCGAAACUCCUUCAUGUUCAGCCAAGGAACUUGACGAAAUGAGGGCUGCUGGCCUUAAACCAGAAAAUCCGUUCCAAGUUAUACAUGAUCUAGAGGAAUCUAAUGGAGAUUCACUUAAAAUGCUUUCAAAUCGGAGCGACUCUAAUAACCACAUAUCUUUUCUUCGAGAUUCUUGUCACCGAGUAGCAAUUGAAACUGAUGACGAAGAUGACGAUAAUACAAUUACGAUCGAUGUUGGCUUGAAGCAUAAGAAAUCCAUAAUGCGAUCGCAAAGUCCAGAUUUUUCCAAUCGUCAUAAACCAUCGGCACGAAGGGGACCGGAUCUUUUCUAA